CCUUGUCUGUGUAUUACUAUACCCCUGGAGAAGAAGUAUCACGCAAGAGUGCAAACAUCUUUCACCACGUAUACGAGCGCACUGUUCGUUGCACUCUUCGAAAACAGCACACCUGUCCGUCUCUUUCCUUAAUACCGCUCCAUCCACCCUUCUGACCCCCGCCCAUCCUACACAAUUCAUCCCAGAACUACAGCUCCCACUAUCUGUCAUAUCACCAACAUGAAGUUCCAAACGCUAGCACUCUCCUUCACCCUGGUCUUCACCCUCUACCUGGUCGCAGAUUUCACAUUGACCUGGCUGGGUGGAUCCGGCUCCCGAGACAUUUAUUACUACAACAAACGCGACCUCUAUUUCGUCACGCUCUUUAUCCUUCCUGCGAUCGCCAGCCAUUUGGUCACAAUCUGGGGCCACUACUACCGUGCAGAUAAUAUCUUUCGGGAGAGCAUCGCCAAGGUCUCGACUGCGACGGCUAGCGAGCGAAAGAGGAUCGGUAUUUGGGAGAGACAUGACCCAUGGUUCGGGUUUACGGUCAGGUACUGGAUGCUGGUCUUGGUCUCGGUACUGUUGAACCUGGUGUGGUUCCUGCAGCCGAUUGUCACAUAUCUGCCGCAAUCAAUCAAGUUCUUGGGGGUUUAUGGGGCUAUUACUGCGUACCUGGCCUUUGGAUGUGGUUAUGCUGCGAUGGGGUCCUGUGGAAUGCUGCUUUUGCUGGUGCUGCGGCGAUCGAUGCUGCAGGCCUUGGGGUUCACCUAUGCAGAUAUCCUACCGUUACAUCGGUGGAUGGGCGUGGCCUUUAUCUUUUGGGGCACCGUUCAUAUGGUCAGCUAUAUCCUUUAUUACGUGCACUUUGAUGCCUUUUGGCGCAAUUUCAAUUUUGAUGGCAACACGCGUGGACCGCAGAACAUGAUUGCUCUGUUUGCAUAUGUUGCACUGCUGGGACUUGGAUUCACAGCGAUCCCUCAGAUUAGGAGGAGCUGCUAUCUGCUGUUCAUCACCACCCAUAGGAUUUUCACGGUCAUCGUCUUCCUGGGUACACUGAUGCACUUUCCAUACUACAUGAUCUGGUACUAUGUCCUCCCAUCCGUCUGUCUCUAUCUCGCCGAUCGGUUCGUUCCAAAGUUCAUCCAGUCCUGCUCGAUCGCGCGUAAAGUCGAGUGCACACUCAACAAGGAGGCCGAUAUCAUGACACUGGUCAUGGUCUCCAGGAACCGGCUCGAACCCCUAAAGCCUUAUUACCCGGGUGACUAUGUGAAUGUGGAGAUACCCGAGUUGAGCUCGAUAUGCCAUCCGUUCACGAUCGCGUCGUAUUGGGCCGAGGAUCCUUACUCGAUGACGCUGUAUAUCAGAACGUUCCAGGAGACAAGGACGAGCUGGACAGGUGCCUUGGCGAAUAUGUGUGAAGAGAGUGAGGAGACGGUUCUGGUGGAGGCGAAUAUCGACGGAGCAUUUGGGGAUCGUAACCAUGAUUACCUUUCGACAAAUGUCAUGGUCAUCUUUGCAGCUGGAGCGGCGAUCACGUCGUUCAUGUCGCUGUUGAAGGCGAUUGCGGCGCAGAUCGAGGCAGCAGAGGGGACGAUGGACAACCCGGCAACGAUUCAAGUCUAUCUGAUCGGCACGUUCCGAUAUGAGAGUGAACUCUACGCCUACGGAGAUUUCAUGCACCGUAUCACGCACGACCCGCGGUUCACGUCCUGGCUGCACACAGAGCUCUAUGUCUCGCGACCGGAUAAGUAUACGCCGCCAGCGGAGUGUCCUAGUGGAGAGUGUACGACACGGAACACGAAUCUGUGGCAGAGUAGAUCGUCUGGAAGCAUCACGGAUACGGAAGCGCAUAGCGCAGGAGAUGGAGGUGUGAAGAACGCGUACAGAAAUCUUGUUCAGGGGUUGAGUGGACUGGACACAGCAUCGCCUCGUCCGGUGAAGAACACCGACCUCGAUAACAGGAACAGAGUGAAGGAUGUGCAUGUGGCAAAAGGGACCAUUCCAUUCAAGCGUGGUCGUAUACAAGUGAACCAUCAUAUUCAAGAGCUGAAGGCGCUUGGCAUCGGACGCGAGGAUGGCUGUGCAAUGGAAGUGGAGGAGGCCAGGAGAGGAGGGGUGUUGGUCUUUGGGGGCGGACCGGAUGCGUUUGUGGAUAUGAUUGAGGAGAGCUGCAAGAAGGCACGGUGGCAAGUCGACUUUCAUCGCGAGACCUGGGCUCCAUGA